GUCGUGUCGUCUGGAAGCUUAGCUUAUGGCUUAGGCUAAAAUGAUCAAAGCUUUCCCUGAUAUUAUUAUUUUUAAUUAGAACUAGUAGAACUAUUAAAUUAACCACCAUUUCAAAAAUCUAUUUAUCAUCCCAUCCUAAUUAUUUUCAAAAUAUUGAGGAUGUAGUUGUCAUAAAUUUAAAGUAAAAUAAUUGGUUUCUUUCAACUCCUAACCGAUGGGAGAGCAUGGAGGUUAAUCAAAACAAAGGGAGGGAUACUGUGAAGGAAAAGCCUUUUUGGUUGUCUCUUGUCGCUGGAGCUACAGCUGGCGCCGUAGCCAAAACCACAAUUGCACCCCUAGAUAGAACCAAGAUCAACUUUCAGAUCUCAAACACCCCAUAUACAAUGAGAGGAGCUUUGAAUUUUUUGAUAAACUCCUACAAGACAGAAGGAGUGCUGAGUUUGUGGAGAGGAAACAGUGCAACAAUGGCCAGAAUCAUUCCGUAUGCUGCAAUACAGUUUACUGCUCAUGAACAAUGGAAGCGCUUUCUUGGAGUAGAUCACAAUCAUCAGCAAGAUGACCCCAAGAAAAGGUAUCUGGCAGGCUCACUGGCUGGAGUCACUUCUCAAUCCCUCACCUACCCUCUGGACCUGGCCAGAGCUAGAAUGGCUAUCACUCAAAAACAUCAGUACUCUUCACUCAAACAGGUUUUUGUAAGGAUUCACCGAGAUGAAGGGCUGAAAGCAAUGUUUAGGGGCUAUGUUCCAACCAUUCUUGGAGUUAUACCUUAUGCAGGAACAAGCUUUUUUACCUAUGGAACUUUAAAACGAUGGUACAGAGAGAACAACCACGCUCCAAGUAGUCUGUUCAACCUGUUGGCUGGAGGUGUGUCUGGGAUGGUGGCUCAGACCACAUCUUAUCCUCUGGACAUUGUGAGAAGAAGAAUGCAGACAGCCGCUGUCGUGGGCACUGAGAAGAAGUAUAGAACUAUCACCAAAACCUUCCGUCACAUAUUUAGGGAGGAAGGCAUCAAGGGAGGAUUCUUCAAAGGCCUGAGCAUGAACUGGAUCAAGGGUCCGAUAGCUGUAGGUACCAGCUUUGCGACUUACGACUUUGCCAUGGAGACAUUUGAAGAUGAGGCUUGAUAAGAAGAAAAACAACUGAUAGAACCGUUUGUACCUUUGGUUGCUAGUUGCUAGACAAUUUACAAUGGACUUACCGUUUCAGUAGAAUAUUAUUUUUUAUAAAAUAAUGUUCUAUUAAAAUACUUUGGUAUCUUUAGUAUUCAUUCAGAAACUGAAUAGUAUUCUAUUAUAAGUGUUAGAACUACAUUACCUACAGAGAUCAGUUUUCCGUUUUCGGAAAUGACAAUAAGGAAUUAAUUUUUCAGCCUUGUAUUCUUCUAGUGCCUCCCUUAAAAUGUCAACAAACUGCACAACUAACUGGUUUUGUUGGUAAACCUUAGAAUGGAGCACAAUUUUGUUUUUAAAUUAAUUAUCGUGAUGCCGUUUUUUUAUAGCACAGUCUAAAGUGUAUUUUUGUACAUGUCAAAUGUUAUUUGUAAAUUUUUAUUUAGCAUAUUUUAUUGUUAUUAAAUAACCUGUU